CACGAUGAACACCCUCCAGGCGCUGCUGGUCUCGGCCGCGGUUCUCUCAGUUGCCCACUCGAUGGACUCCAAGGCCCUGAACCAGUUCAGAAGUAUGAUCCUGUGCGUGAUGCCCGACAGCUGGCCCGCUCUCGACUACGCCGACUACGGCUGCUACUGCGGCAAGGGAGGCUCCGGCACACCCGUGGAUGAUCUGGAUAGGUGCUGCAAAGUGCAUGACGUUUGUUACAGGCAAUCCAUGCAGCACGAUGCGUGCUGGCCCAUCCUGGACAAUCCCUACACCGAGCUGUAUCACUACAGCUGUGACGAGAAAAACAAGAAGGUCUCCUGUGACCCAAACAACAACAACGAGUGUGAGAUGUUCAUCUGCGAGUGUGACAGGAAGGCCGCCGAGUGUUUCGGCGGAGCGCCUUGGCUCCCCGAGAACGAGCACCUGCCCAGCGACCGAUGCCACUGAGGACCAGGCAACCGUGUCACAAUAUGAAUCCAUGCUUCGGCACAGAAUAUCAUUAUUUUAGUUUUGUUUUCACAAGUGACAGAUGAAUUUACUGAGGAUCCUUGACGUAUUAGAGCUGUAACCAUCCACCAUUCCAUCCCUGUGCUGAAUUACACGUGUGGUUUUUGUAAUGACGACGCCAUUCUGUCAAUAAACAUAUUCUGAUCCGA